ACAGCAAGAUUGUAUUUUUUGAUCCCCGGAGCUGAUAUCAUGUCAAGAAUGAAAGGCUCAAAGGCCAACUGCUUUAACGCGCUAUUUUCUUUAUUUGCCUCUCCGGGAUCCCAAGUCUCUGUUUUAUUGCGAGAGCUACGUGGAGGCUUAUGACGGGUUCGUCCCGUAAGGAAACACAGUAACUGCAGUGGCCACACAACGCCGGGAACGAGGAAUUAAAACAGUAGCUGGAAAAUGCGUUUCCAACAACAGUGCCCCCUUCUCACCGCGGAAGCCCAUACAGGUAGGUGGGAAGAGGCGUCGGUUUACAGCAAGCGUACCUGCCCACUCCUCGUUCGCAGAGGAUUGUCCCGGCUUGCAGCUAACGUUUCGCUGACCCCAGGAGCUAUCCGGCUGGCACUGAGCGAGAACGCAGAGACUGGAGCAGAGCACAAGUAUCGAGGGCUGAUGAGCCAACUGCAGUCAGUCGCUGCGGAGGUCUCAGCUGAUGCGGCUGACAGAGUUACAGGCGCUCCUGUAGCGGGACUCUAGGGGACACGGAGACACAGAUAACAGAGCCCAGGCGUGGGAGAGCGGCGUUCAGAGAAAAAAAACUGGGACAGAGUCGCACUUGGAGUGAAGAUAUCCCUUUGGCAUUUGUGUCUUUCAAGGAUGGGCCGCUAACGUUGAGUUUUCUCUGACACGUCUUCCAUAAAUCCAAAAGGAUUGAAAGAUGAGAAUCGAGAGCAAAUAUUUGAGAUCAUUCCUUCUGGGUUAGGGAAAAGAUAUCUAUGGAAGACAGCAGCCGAAAUGUGGACAGAAAAAUUCCAUUCACAAGUAAAUUCUUCCUACUAUUUCUGGCAUUCUUGUUAUUCUUUUUGUGGGAAGCAGGCAUCUCAUUAAGGAUUCCAUUUGGAAGGAGGAAGAAAGGACUUCCCUACCCAAUUAUCAGAGUGGCUCUGUAACUACUGGAUAUAGAUAUCAAUUUGUAUAGCUUUUCCAGUGCCCAACAAAGAGACUAAUUUUAGCCAAACCCACUCUGCCAGUGCGGUCAGUAGAAUUUCUACUGUAGUACGGAUCAUAAAACAGAUUUCUGUUGUAGUAUUUUGACUUUUUUAGAGCUCUGGGAACUGUGUCCCAGUUCAGAAAAAAAAUCUACCUUUUUGUUCUUUCAGAAGGAUUCGGUUAGUUUUCCGAAAGAAAGAAAAAAGACCUUUGUUCUUUUAUUUUGGGAUAUUGAUUCAGAAGGAAGGAUCUGGUUUUUUCGUGUCCUCCAUUUUUUCCGGGUGUGGCAAAUCUUUCGCUUUGAUGUCUUUAUCGGGAAGGGCCCAUUAUGAAGCCCCUCACACCAGUCGGUUCACCCUCUCCCCUGAGGCUCCUGAACAAGGGGCCUGAGUACCUCCGGAGGCAGAUAGACAGUGGCGACAGGGGGCGCUCUGUCAGUGCCGUAGAGCGCCUGGAGGCCGACAAGGCCAAGUACGUCAAAAGCCAACAGGUGAUCAACAGCAAACAGGAGCCUGUACUUGUGCCCUGCGCCACCCCGCCCCCACAGCCGAGGAGGCCUCUGACAGUGCCCUGCGCAACCGUGCCCCUGCCACCACGCAGGCCUCUCACAGUGCCGUGCUCCGCGCCCCUCAGCUCACUGGGGCGAACCUUUGCCCCACAAGGGGACAAAAGUGAAGCCUUGCAGGACAUUGAGGCCAAGAAGGAGAACCAAAACUUGAAAGAGCUCAAAGGCAACACUGCCAGAACAACCCCGGCCACACCAGUGGUGCAGAACACCCCUGUACUGAGGAGGAGCUCAGGCAAACGCAUGCUGAGGCCGGACUCUCUGAUCAUCUACCGGCAGAAACGCGAGUGUAAGACGUCAGCAGGCGGCGAGACUAAAGGCUACAGCUUCGUUAGGCGGCUUUUCCAGGGGUCCAUGCGGGAGAAAUCCUCCCUGGAAUCGCCACCUAAGAUGAUUAUCAAUGAGGAGAAGUCCCCUUCCAAAGAAGAGGACACUCGGAUGUCUUGGACCAAUGACAAGGAGACGCCCAUCAGGGAACAGGAAGUGAGCUUAGAAAGAGACUCAUCAAAGACGGAGGCAGAGCUGUUCGUAGCUCCCGACAGCCCUCGGACCCCUCGAAGGACUAUGGUCCUCGAGGUCAGUCAGUCUGCGAUCAGUCUCGCUGGGGACACCGGCAAGCAAACUCUUUUGAGAAGAAUGGGGCUGCAGCGCUCCAAGUCAGAUCUCAGGCUACGCUACUCCUUGGCCUUGUCUGAGAAAGAGAGGUUCUUCAACUACUGCGGGCUGGACCUGGAAGUUGUGGAUCGGUUGGGGCUGGAGAACUUUUUCAGUGCCAGCUCGGACACGGUGUCUCUGAUGCUGCGAAGCGUUAGUGCGGGCGGCUCCGAGGCCAGCGAGUUCUCCCGGCACUCUGGGGAGGGACUGUUCGAGGAGGAGCUGACCGAGCAGGUGCCCUCGGUCGUGUCUGUGAUUGAGAGGAAUGCGCGGGUCAUCAAGUGGCUGUAUGGGUGCAGAAACGCCAAGGACACUCCCAAAGAAUCGACUGUAUAGAAGCUAAGUCUUGUAACUAUGACACACCGCAGUGAAGCUUACGGUUGCCAGCUUUUGAUGUUUAAUCCCACCCUCUACCUGUCUUUAAAUGGAAAAACCGUUAUCAGGCCGCAUCUUCUUUCUUAAUGAAAUCAGAGAUUUAGUACCAAUGAAUUCAAAAGAGGCUCAGAUAUAUUUUCUGUUUCAUUAAAAGAAAGGGGAUCUCUUUUUUCCCCAACCCAUGAAAGUUGAGUUCAUACCACAUGAGUUCAUAACACGCAAACCAAAGAUAUAAUAACUUAUAAACGGCUUUUAAAUUAUGAUCAUGUCUUAGAGAGCAGUGUGUCUCAUAUACUGUAGUAAGCAGAUGUUAUUUAAUUAGAUCCAAAGUUAGAUGAUUUUACCUUUGCUCUUAGUUGGUUUGCUAGCACAAGAUACAUUUAAAGCAAGGUUGUAUGGGUGGGAAUAAAUAUAAAAACAGGCAGCCUUACUGAUAAUGUACGAUACUGGACAACUAGGCCCAGUGAGCUGGCAUAUUUAUUUGUAGAUGUGAAUUGUGUCUUGAUAAAUGGAAUCGUUUUACAGGCACUACUUGUGUAUAUAUAAAUGUGUAAACCUACUCUUGUUGUCACGUUGAUGAUAAUGAAAGUCCUGAUUCCCUCAAUUAUUUCAUUUUCUUUAACGUUUUCAUAUUUCAGAUCUGGUGCGCAAUAAAAGAAACUUGGUUUUCUCUUCA